GGGGCAAAAAACACAGCAGCUGUUAAUGUGAACAUGGCCAGUAAUUCAUGGUCUAUCUGGUUCUGCGACAUUCAUCCCUCACAUCAAUUCUCCCUACAUUAUCCUCAAAGGCAGCAGCAGCUUUGUUAAUGGUCCCAGCCGGCAUUCCUUGUGCGUGUGGACUGGCUGUAUAACAACUGUUUUUUACUCGCGUGCAUCCAUAUUACUUCAUCAACAUUCCUAGUCGGCUUCAAACGGACGCAUCUGAAUGCGACCUGAUUUGCAGUCACGCUCUUAUCUGUCUCGUCGAUGACUUUAAAACCCUUGCUGGCCUACAUUCCGAACUCUUCCGCUGUUUGUUGAACGGAUCAUCCGUUGCACGUCGUCCUAAUGGACCGGCCACACUCUCGAGGGGCUCCUCCCUCGUACAGCAACUACGACGAAGACCCAGACGAGCUUCGAUUGGGACCAGCAGGCAACCCUGCCGCGGUGAGACUGCUUCCAGCUUCUUCUUUUGACGAAGAAAUACCAGAAACUAGACAUUCUCGGCCGACCCAUCGGGCCUACCAGCCUUCAGUUAGCUCCAUUCACUCGCGACCCUCCUCCAUUAGUAACAUACCAAGCAUGCCUCCCCCGACCGAAUCUUACGUCUCAUACAGGGAAACUGGAUCACCGACCAGACCCUGGACGCCGUCGCAUGUUGGUCGCAGCUCUGAUGAGUACCGGAGAGCACCACCUUCCUCGGUCCACUACGAGCGAGCAGAUCUCAACGGAAGCCCAAGACCUGGGACUCCGUCGUCCAGAUAUGGCGGCAGUCCAAGGCGGCCACUUCCCCCAGCUCCUCUUUUUGCUGGACCUGGAGCACGUAGUUCAGCCUUUGCUGACGAUGCAACAGUCUCUAUUCCGCUUUCCGACGUGGAUGACCCCUUUGGUCCCGGGUCGGCAGAUCUGGGCGAGGCACGUGGUCACCGAGGCUCAUAUGCAGCCCAAUCGCAGGUGACCCUGAAUGAGGAUGAUGACGAGGGAUCUCACCUUCGAGAGAGUGACAUCGGCUACGAUGAAGCGGAUGCAGUGGACGAGAAGUCGGCGGCCCAUUAUGGCCCUGCACCAGCGGAGGGAGAUCAGCAGCGUCGAGGCGUGCGAGAACCACAGAAAAGCCGCAAGGAGGUGCAACUCAUCAACGGCGAGCUGGUUCUCGAAACCAAGAUCCCCACCAUCCUCUACAGUUUCCUGCCUCGCCGCGACGCCGACGAGUUCACCCAUAUGCGCUACACUGCGGUGACGUGUGAUCCGGAUGACUUUGUCGAGCGAGGAUACAAGCUGAGGCAAAACAUCGGCGUGACGGCACGAGAAACGGAGCUCUUUGUGUGCGUCACCAUGUACAAUGAGAACGAGUACGACUUCACCCGUACCAUGCACGCCGUCAUGAAGAACAUCUCCCAUUUCUGUCGCCGCUCGAAGUCACGCACCUGGGGCGAGAAUGGAUGGCAGAAGAUUGUAGUAUGCAUCGUCUCGGAUGGUCGUGAAAAGAUCCAUCCUCGGACGCUCGAUGCACUGGCCGCUAUGGGCGUUUACCAGCACGGCAUUGCCAAGAACUACGUCAACCAGAAAGCCGUUCAAGCCCACGUCUAUGAGUAUACUACUCAGGUGUCGCUUGACGCUGAUUUAAAGUUCAAAGGUGCCGAGAAGGGUAUUGUCCCCUGCCAGAUGCUAUUUUGCCUCAAGGAGCGUAACCAGCGCAAGCUCAACUCCCACCGUUGGUUUUUCAAUGCGUUCGGCAAAGCCUUAAACCCUAAUGUCUGCAUUCUGCUGGAUGUGGGUACCCGUCCAGGUGGCAAUUCGCUAUAUCACCUGUGGAAAGCUUUUGAUACCGACUCCAACGUUGCCGGGGCUUGUGGUGAGAUCAAAGCUAUGAAAGGGCGCCUAGGGCAGAAUCUCCUUAACCCACUAGUUGCCUCGCAAAACUUUGAGUACAAGAUGUCCAACAUUCUGGACAAGCCCUUGGAAUCUGUGUUUGGAUACAUCACUGUCUUGCCCGGAGCGCUCAGUGCAUACCGCUACCACGCCCUGCAAAACGAUGCCAAUGGCCACGGUCCUCUUAGCCAGUAUUUCAAGGGUGAGACUCUGCAUGGUCAGCAUGCUGAUGUUUUCACCGCCAACAUGUAUCUGGCUGAGGAUCGUAUCCUCUGCUGGGAGCUUGUUGCAAAGCGAGAUGAGAGGUGGGUUCUCAAGUAUGUUAAAGGAUGUACUGGAGAAACUGAUGUGCCUGAUACUGUUCCUGAGUUCAUUUCCCAAAGACGUCGUUGGCUGAAUGGCGCUUUCUUCGCUGCUAUUUACUCGCUUGUGCACUUUCGACAGUUAUGGGCGACGGACCACACAGUAGCCCGCAAGGUUCUCCUCCACAUCGAAUUCGUCUACCAGCUUCUCCAGGUCCUCUUCACCUUCUUCUCUCUUGCCAACUUCUACCUGACCUUCUACUUUGUGGCUGGUGGUCUGGCGGACCCUCUGAUCGACCCCUUUGGCAACCGCAUCGGUCUCUAUAUUUUCACCAUUCUGCGCUACACUCUGAUCCUACUCAUCUGCGCCCAAUUCAUUCUGUCCUUGGGCAACAGACCUCAGGGUGCGAAGAAACCUUACUUUGCCUCCAUGGUUAUAUAUGGCAUUGUCAUGGUCUAUACAACAUUUGCUGCCUUUUACAUUGUCAUAAGGCAGUUGACAGACCCCAAGGCGAAACUAGAGAUGGGAAACAAUGUCUUUACCAACUUGAUUGUGUCGAUGGCCUCCACUAUUGGUCUAUACUUCCUCAUGUCUUUCAUCUACCUCGACCCCUGGCACAUGUUUACGAGUUCGAUUCAGUACUUCAUGCUGCUGCCAUCUUAUCUGUGCACCUUGCAGGUCUACGCCUUUUGCAACACUCACGACGUCACCUGGGGAACCAAGGGUGACAACGUCAUGAAGACGGACCUCGGUGGAGCAGUCGGAAAAGGAUCGACUGUAGAGCUGGAGAUGCCAUCUGAACAGCUGGACAUCGACUCAGGCUACGAUGAGGCGCUGCGCAACCUCCGUGAUCGCAUAGAAGUCCCCAAGUCGGGCGACUCGGAGGCACAGAUGCAGGAGGAUUACUACAAGUCGGUGCGUACGUACAUGGUGGUGUCGUGGAUGAUCGCCAACGGCAUCCUGGGCAUGGCCGUCUCGGAGAUCUACAGCGACAGGACCAUCAGUGAAAACUACUACCUCCGUUUUAUCCUGUGGAGCGUGGCCUCGCUGGCCCUUUUCCGUGCCCUUGGGUCCACGACCUUUGCCAUCAUCAACGCCGUCAACAUCGCCGUCGAGGGACGCGUACGCCUCAGUCUCAAGUUGCCUACCUGGCUGGGUGGCAGUCGCGGAAGCAAAAGCGCCAUCAGCAGCAGCGUCGGAAGUGGUACUAGCAUCUUCACAGGGCUGGGGGAGAAGAUAACUGCCACUCUGCGGAGACGUUGAUAGAUGAUGAGCACCCUGUUUUGGUGCUACCGAUCAAGGUUAACGACUGACAUUUCAUGGGUUUUAAUGAUUGCUGUGACAGGAAUAUUUGGGCUUGGAUUGUUGGGUUUAGGAGACAUGUUUUUUUUUCCUUCUUUUUUUUCAAGCGUAUGUUAUUGUAACUUUGUCUUUUUGAGGGGUUCAGGAGUUCAGUUCUUUUUGAGUUGGUCUUUCUUCCUCGGAUGACAUAGGUAGAGGUUUACAUAUACCAGUCCCUGGCAGCCUAUUUGUCUGUACAGGACAGAGCGGGAUUUAUUUGUGAUGGACAAUAAGAUAAAAUGUUGGCUUUCUUUUGGGAGCGCUCUGAUUGCGUACUUGCGCACAGAUGAACCAUAGUCAAUUCGUGACCAUGUAUGUAUUUAUUCGAUGUUGUCGGUCCUGUUAGUCGGAAUUAAACCCAAAAUAAUGAUUUAGUCACCUACAAUGAGG